AAAAACAUUCAACACCAACCGUUAAUUAACAGCCGUCACAAUACAGAGAAAGACGCGCUCGGAAGUCGGAAGAGGGGUUUUCAAAGAAGAGUCCCUGUAUUUAUACACAGAGCAGGAGAGUAAAGAGAGUAGAGACGAGCAGGGAAGACAAGGCACUGACAAAAGCCCAGAAAACCCAGUUAUCAGAAGCCAGUAAUCAUGGCUGAAAAUGUAUCAGAAGACGCCCACGACUAUUCUUUACUCAAGGAUCUCAGAUUGCAAAUCGGUGUUGAAGAUUCAUCUUUCUCCCUCUGCUUUUGGGUUUACCUCAUGAACUCCACUCCAUUUCCUGCUACAAUAAUCGGACAGGUGCAUUCAGACAUCACAGGCAGUGCCCCUUUUCUUGUUUUAAAUGAAAAGAAAAAAAUGAUGCUUUUACCAUUGCUUUAUCUACACAGAGAAGCUCUCUAUCCUGGAAAUUCCACUUCAUGGACUGAAGUUCCCUCUGCAUCUGCAGAGGUUGACUUUCCCCUCAAGAGAUGGGUUCAUGUGGGAUGUGAGGUUGCUACAGAUUUUAUGCGGCUUCACAUUGAUGGCAAGAUUGUGGGAGAGAAGCUUCUAUCUUCCUUGUCUAACAAUGAAUCUGAUUCAAAUGGUUCAGGGAGAGUAACUUUGGUUGGUAUUGGUGGAGAUGAUGCUGUACAGGGUUAUAUCCAUAAUGCAAAAAUCUUGCCUUUAACAUUUUCUAUCAAGGAUCACUAUGUUCAGGACCCGCCUUUACAACUAUCUAUUGAUAGUUCAACUGCCUUAGAUAUUGAAGAGGACAGUGAUGGUGUUUGGAGCAUUGUUGGUGGCAAGGCAUCUUGCCGCAGGAAUUUUUCCUUGGAUGUUAUUUUAUUAGAUGCCUUGGGCCAGCCUGUGAACAAGGAAAUAGAGGUUGAUGCUUCACUCUUGUAUGCUGAUAAUGGGGAACCGGUUGAGAAGCCAAAUGAUUCAGAAGCUCCUCUUCUAACGAGCUAUGAUGGGAUUGAAUUUUCUUCUUCUGAUAGACCAAGUAAACUAUCAAAUGGACGUGCAUCCUUUAAGCUCAAGAUAUCUCAGCUCUCUUCCAAGUGUGAUAAUAGAUUGUUCCACAUUAAGUUUUCCAUACCAAAAAUUGGAACAUAUCCUUUCCUAGAGACCAUCUCCCAUUCAAUUCAUUGUAUCUCACGGAAUCGUAAUACCCGGUCCUCCUCUCUGAUGUGUAAAAGAUCUUCCUCUGUUGUCCAUCCUCUCAGUGGAUCUCAGUCAUCUGGGCUGGAUGACCUAUCAUCUGAUAUUCAGCACAGUAAUUUACGUGAAUUAAAGCCAAGUCCAUCAUUAAAGAGGAUCAAAUCAGGACAAGAAAAAUCAUCUGCAACAUUUAUGGUUGAUCCAACCAUGGACCAACCUGAUGAGGAAUGCAACUCACAUGCCUGGACUUCUAAUCAGGUCAAUAAUGUGUGUCAGACACAUUUGGAGGGCAGACCAGAAAAUGUUGAAGAAACAGAAAAUUCUUCAUCUCAUUCGGAGAGCACUGAAGAAGGAAACCCAUUUUUCAACAAUAUGUCAAGUUAUAAAAAUCAAAUUUCAGAUUUAACCAUUUUCAAGUAUUGCUUGGGAGGCAAUGCUGAUAGGUGUCUUCUGCUCAAAGAGAUUGCAUCCUUUGCUUCUGAACAAGAGUUGGAAGACUUUGCACAGAUGGUUGCUCUAUACUCGGGAUGUUCCCACCACCGGUGCCAAAUAAUAAUCACAAGGAAAUUGAUAGAGGAGGGAACAAAAGCUUGGAAUUUGAUCUCUCAAAACAAUCACCAGGUGCAUUGGGAGAAUGUGGUUUUUGAAAUUGAAGAAUUAUUCAUGAAGAUUGCUCACUGCAGUACUAGAUCUCUAACACAUGAGGACUUAGAGCUUUUGAGGAGAAUUUCUGGAUGCCAGGAGUACCUUGACCGGGAAAAUUUUGAUAAAAUGUGGUAUUGGCUAUAUCCUGUUGCUUUUACAUUAUCAAGAGAUUGGAUAAAUGCAACUUGGUGUUCUGCCUCACCAAAGUGGAUAGAAGGGUUUGUUACAAAAGAAGAAGCAGAGUCUUCACUUCAAGGUCCAAGGGGCCUUCAACAACCUGGGACAUUUAUACUGCGGUUUCCGACUUCAAGGAGCUGGCCCCACCCAGACGCUGGUAGCUUAAUUGUGACAUACAUUGGCAGUGAUUACAAUCUUCAUCACAGGAUGCUUUCCCUUGAUAAUAUUUACAGGGUGAAGGUCCAAUACUAUGGAAUAACCGACAGAAAUCAAAUUUCUCUUUGUAGUUCUGAUGAAACGGUGAGAAACAUGAAACCUCUAGAAGAUAUGCUACUGGCAGAGCCCGAGCUCUCUCGACUUGGAAGGAUAAUAAGAAAUCACUGAGCUUACUUCAAACACACUAUGAACCUCGUCCCCAAGGGAAAGAUGUGUUUGGCAUUGCCCAAUCUCUACAUUAUAUUGGGGUGGAGUGUUGAGGGAGAUCCUAAUUCUUAUUUUAGUGGCCUGUAUUCCUGUAGUCAUAUUAAGAAAGUAAAUGUCCAACAUAUAGAAGCUCAGGAUGUCUUUAUCAAGAAAUGUUUCAUUUACAAGACAGAGAUGCUGAAAUUGAAAAGCAUUGUUUUAGAAUUGGAUGUGUGUGUGAGAAAGAGAGAGGGUGUUGGGCUAUUCAAGUGGUAGAAGAAUAUAGAUACACAACAUCAUUCAUAAUGGCCUUCAAACCUUGUGAAUAGAAUGUGAUGCCCUUUCCCCCACUACUUUUACAUGAAAACAUUAUAUCAAA